AACCCUGCUGAGUUGAUUAUCCCAAGUUUUGGCUGAAUUGUUUCACGUCCUUCAGUGACACAAGGACACAAAACGAUUUAUCCAGGACUGUCGAAGGACUUAACAUUUUCCUGUUGUAGUCGUGAAGUUUCUGUAAUGUGGAUAAAUUUAUUUAACGCACCUGCACGGCUGAUAAACCACUUGUAGGACGAAAAGAUGCGGUGGAAAUCGUUUGUGUUGGAACAGAAAAGGUAGUGAAUGUGUUUCUCCGGAGAGGAAAAAAAAAAAAUGAGCUGCUUCAGUCAGACGCUGAGGCGCGUGUCUCCUACUCGAGGCAGCAGCAAGAACGAGCUGGUCCCCUCCAAGCCUCCCCGGAUCAACGGGUGGUCGUUGCCCCUGCAGCCGCUGCAGGUGAUCGGGUGGCUGGUGUUCAGCUACCUGGCCAUCAUCGGCUUCGGCGUUCACAUCCCUCUCCUGCCUCAACCGUGGAGCUACUUGGCCUAUUCUGUUGCUGGCAUAUCGUUUAUUGUACACUUUUUCAGUCACAUAGCUGCUGUGACUGUAGAUCCUGCAGAUGGAACUGUGAGGGCCAAAAGGACCUACUCCAACCCGAUGCCUCUGUUUGACCGGACGAAGCGAGCUCACGUGAUCCAGGAUCAGCACUGUUACCUGUGUGACGUCAAGGUCGGCUCCAAAGUCAAACACUGUAGCUCCUGCAACAAAUGUGUGGAAGGCUUCGAUCAUCACUGCAAGUGGCUGAACACCUGUGUGGGCCGAAGAAACUACAGGUUCUUCUUCGGGGCCUUGGUCUCUGCGACCGUCGGCGUCUUUGUGCUCGUCAUCGUCAUUCUGUUCACGUUCAUCGAACAUUACUUGAAUCCACACAACCUGCGAACGGCGCCACAGUUUGACCAGCCAAGAUACCACGAUUGAUUGUGAACCAGCAUUAUCACAAACUUCAAGUUUCUGCAAGUUGGGCAGCAAAGGUCUUCUCACCGGCAGCCUGUCGGACUCCAUCUGUACAGAGCUGGAGAACUUCAAGAAAUCAGCAGAAAAGGAGAAUAAUUUUCAUUACGGGACAGAAAUUCCCACAGAAAGUGAAAUGAGGGAAAUCUCGAUGAGCGUCAUCACCGGCUGGAGUUUCGACGAGGAGGAGGAUCGGAGCACCGGUGAGAAGUCCGUUCCCGCGGAGCAGGACCCUCUGGGCAGCUCGGUGGUGCCUCCGGAUCGCUCUCGGCAGUAAGUCGUGUCCGAAUCGGUGGAUCGGGACACGCUGUUGCUUCUCAGGAACAGUUUACAGAGCUGCUCAGAAUAAUCUGAACCGUAAACAAAAAAAAUCUUGGAAAGUUUGUGCAACUCUAUUAGCUGUGUAUAAAUAAAAACAUGUGAGUAAAAUAAAAGCAGCCAAAUGUUUUUUAAACGAUGAAAUGACUUAUUGUCUCAGAUCCAGUUUAUAAUGAAACAUUUAAUUUUUUAUUUUUUUAUUUUGUGAACAUCUCUGACACUUUCAGCGUCUCCUGAAGCAGAAAACCACCUGAAACUUUGCUGCUGUUCAAAAACAACAACUUUAUUGACAUGAUUCUGUUCAGCAUUUGCUCAAUUCUUUUCACUUUUGAAGAUAUUACAAGUUUUGUUAAGUCUAACCAGCAUUUGUGUUUUAAAAUGUUUCAAGAGGAUAAAAAAUGAUAAUUGUUUUUGUGAUGUGUUGAAUUUGACAGUUUAACGCAUCAUUUAUCUACAAAGUGUAUUAAAACACUUCUUUUGUAGGACAUUGA